CGCGAUCACUCGUAUCUUCGAGAUCCCGAUGAUCCGGCUGCAUACCUAUGCAUGAUCCCUGAAUGGUUGGCUACGGCCACCAUCUGGCCGGAUUUGAUGAAGUGGUUGUUGGUUCGUGACACUUUCCACACACCGCCCAGCCAACCCCCCCUUUUCCCCAACCUUUCUUCUCCCGUGGCCCCCAGAAAAAAAGAGAGAAAACAAAUCACCCAAUCUCUUGCGCCCUCAGCUUCCCCCCCAGUCUCUCGUCCUUAAACGAGCCCUACCGUCUCUCUUGAAAAUGGCCACGACGGACGAGGAGAAGCACUUCAGCCUCCUUCGCUUCCUUUACCACCAGAUCAGGUACAAGCCUUUCGCGGUGAAAGAUGUCGACCUCUCGGGCAAGACUGCCAUUGUUACGGGAUCCAACACGGGCGUCGGCCUCGAGAUCUCGCGGCAGCUGCUGGGCCUGGGCCUAAGCAGGCUUAUCCUCGCCGUGCGCGACCAGGAAAGGGGCAAGGCCGCCGCGGCCAAGCUUGCGCCCGCCGACCCGUCCGUGAUCGAGGUGUGGCACCUCGACCUACGCGACUACGAUUCCGUUGUGGCGUUCGCCGAUCGGGCAAAAUCGCUGGGCCGGCUUGAUAUCGCGGUGCUCAACGCAGGCAUCUGCCCGGUUAAGCGCAUUUUCAACGCGAAGACGGGCCACGACGAGACCAUCCAGGUGAACUACCUGUCGACCGCCCUGCUGGCAAUCCUCCUUCUGCCUAUCGCCAAGGCAUCCAGCGCCAGCCAGCCCGCGCCGACGAGGAUAACCUUCACCUCGUCCGAGUUCUCGGCCGUGGCAAGAUUCAAACUCGGCAAAGAGACGCCAAUCCUCGCGGCCCUCGACAAGCAAAAAGGCCGUGUCGAUACGAUCGACCGGAUGUACGUCUCCAAGCUGCUCGGCCAGUUCUUUUUCCGGGAGCUCGCGAGGCGCGUGCCCGCCAGCGUCGCCGUCAUCAACGCCGCUUCGCCGGGCGCCAUCCACGACUCCGAGUUUAUGCGUGACCUGGACGGGACAUUUGCCGGGGCCAUCAUGAGAGCGGGCCUGAGGCGGAUUGGGAACUCAUCGGCGAUUGGCGCGCGUAUGGUAACCGACGCCGUUGUGAACCAUGGGGAGGAGACGCACGGGCGGUUCUGGUCGUUUCAGAAGCCCGCACCGCUGGCGCCGGUUGUCUAUACGGAGGAAGGAGACAAGAUCUCGGCACAGCUGUGGCAGGAAACCAUGGAGGAGUUGUCAUUUGCGCACGUGGAGGACAUCCUGAGGGAUAUCACUUCGUGAAACAGCCCGAGAUCCAACGGGCUAUUGACUGGAAUAAGAAAUUCUGUGUUCUUAUGACUGCGAGUACCCGGUCGGCUGAUCAAACUUGCAAACUUAACACCAUGAACCACAGUUGGAAGCCUCAUGCGCCUCGCCCGCCGCUAGCAUUCUUAGUCGACCUUAUCAUCGCGCACGGCAAACCGUCUU